AUGUCUAAUCAACUGCAGCCAACAAACGGUACUAUCAACAACGACCUGCUUGAACACUUCCAGAAAAUUGACGUAAAGGUUGUAGAUGAACCAAAAGGGUUUGCCGAUCACGUUGCCAGAUUUUGCAAUCGCUGGUCCAUCAAAAAAGUGCUGUCGCAUCUUGGUUUGCUUGUCUCACUCGCCAUCUACUGCGGCGUAGGUGGAUAUAUAUUUCGCGAGUUUGAACGUCCUGCAGAAAUUGCACGAAUACAAGGUUUUCGGAAGCUUCUGUCUCAUCACCGGGAAGGUUUCAUCAAUUCUAUCAUCAACAACACAAGUGUACAAAACCUAGACCAGCUGCUAGCCUUUGAACUGAAGAAGUACGAACAGGUGGUGCAGGAUGCGGCGCAGGGCGGGAUUUUGAUUGACGCCGAUCAGAACUUUCCGGUCGCAGUCGAGAAGUGGAGCGUGCUGCAGGCCGUCUUCUUUGCGUCCACCGUAAUUACAACCAUCGGGUAUGGCAAUAUUGUUCCAGUCACACUGGGCGGCAGGGUCUUCUGUAUGUUAUUUGCUCUCAUUGGCAUCCCCUUCACAUUGACAGUCAUUGCAGACUGGGGUCGACUUUUUGCGACGGUUGUAUCUACCCUAGCGAAAAACUUUCCAGCAUUGCCUUUAGCAAAAUUUUGUUCAGACGCUGGAAUUAAAAUGACCGACAAGAAAUGGCUCUAUGCAGUUGGUGCAGUCUGUUUCUUAGGCGUAUACCUGGCGGCAGGUACUGGGUUACUGUUGCUGUGGGAAGAAGACUGGAACUUCUUUGAUGGAUAUUAUUUUUGCUUUAUUACGAUGACCACUAUUGGUUUCGGAGAUUUGGUACCAAGCAAACCGAACUAUAUGCUUCUUUGCACCCUAUACAUACUAGUCGGGUUAGCGCUGACCAGCACUAUAAUUGAGUUGGUUCGAAGACAAUAUGCCCAAAGCUGGCAAAAAUUGCAGGCUCUUUCCGGACCAUUAGCGGACACUUUAAGACGACUGGGUGAAUCAGCCGGUACCGGAAUCGAUGUCACAGCUCUGCACAAUGAUUUACGCCGCGUUCUUACUGUUGUUUCUAUGCCGCGACGCCAUGGUAACAAGAAAGCCCAAGCUAAGGAGAUGGCCGCUCUAGAAGCUAUCACUAAUGCAAUUUUGCACGACAUUAAGGAAAAACAGGACAAUCAGGAAGGUCCACCAAAGGUGGUGCAAAUUGUUAUUUACGAGUCGUCCGUCUAA